CGGCGCGCGCGGCGGCGAAGGCCCCCGUGCACGUGUCUCCAAGGCGACGGGUGGCGGCCAUGAGGCGGCCGAACGUGCUGAUCACCGGCACGCCGGGAGUUGGGAAAACCACGCUCGGAAAGGAGCUGGCGUCCAGAGCAGGGCUGAGCUACGUCAACGUGGGGGACCUGGCCAAGGAAGGAGAGUUGUACGAAGGCUUUGACGAGGAGUACGACUGCCCCAUUUUGGAUGAAGACAGGGUGAUCGAUGAGCUGGAGGACAGGAUGAGCGAGGGAGGGGUGAUUGUGGAUUACCACGGUUGUGACUUCUUCCCCGAGCGCUGGUUCCACAUUGUGUUUGUGCUUCGCACAGAGAAUUCCUGCUUGUAUGACAGACUGGAGAGCAGGGGCUACACGGGGAAGAAGCUGCAGGACAACAUUCAGUGUGAAAUUUUUCAGACUCUAUAUGAGGAAGCUGUGUUGUCAUAUAAAAAGGAAAUUGUACACCAGUUACCCAGCAACACUCCAGAGGACCUAGAGAGAAAUUUGGAUCAGAUUAUGCAAUGGAUUGAGCAAUGGAUGAAGGACAACAACUGACUUUUGAUGAAACAGUAACUGCUGGAUCUCUUAUGGGGAGGGAGGGUUUAAUAAUUUAUAUGCAUAAAUCUUGUAUUAUAAAUUAAUCUGAUUUUUUUUGUGCAUGGCUGGGGAGUAGAAGAAGGUUCAGAAGAGGAUUUGUAACAGCACCAGGAGAGGCAACAGGGGCACUGAUAGAAGUAACUGGAAGGAUAAAAAUGAGGCUGUUGCCCUGAGCAGUAGGAGUUGUGUUCAGUAACUGAGAAUUCUUUGGACCUUACAAAUAAAACCGAACCGCGAAUUCCCUGCAAAAAACCUGUAGAAUCCUGAUAGCAGGUAGCAGUUGAGGCACUUUGGAUUUUCAGAGGGUGGAACAGUGUCCUGGAAAGGAGUUGGUUUGAUGCUGAGUUGUGGAACUAAAACCUGCUGUGUUCCACUCUGGCCUUGGGGGUGUGAAGAUAAUGGAGAAUGAGAUGGUUUGGUACAGGUUAAGGUGGGUUCUUUGCUUUAGACGGAAAAGAAGUGAUGUUAGAGUUAUUUUAAAAUGAUUGCACAGAGCUUUGGAGAUUCCUUCAUGUGUAAGGAAACAGCUCUGUGAGCACUGGUCUGGAGUGUUUAACAAUAAACUUUAUUUUUCCUUUUUUUUUUUUCUGUCUUCCCCAUCCCCUGUCCCAGUCAUGGAAUGUACACAUCAUUGCAGGAUUACCCAGGAAAUUCAUCACUUGUCAGGAUAGACCUGAAGUGAUCCUAAACGUGGCCACAGAUAAAACACUGUCAGGGAUCUUUUCUGAUUGCUGUUAAAGCCUGUGCCCCAGGGGGGCAGGGCUGCACAAGGAAGAGAAAACCUUAUUUCAGAGAAAAGCUGCUUAGAAGGAAAGUCUUGUGAAAGAUUCUGUAAGAAGUGCUUGCUGAUAAACCCAUUAUAUACAUGAAUUAGGAU